UAAUUUUACUUAAUUUAAGGUUAUUAAAGGCGUUGUAGAACUUGAUGCGGGAGAGCAGCCAUCUGUGACAAAACAAUGAGGAAACUGAGGCUUUUCAAAAAGCAUGUCAACAUUGCCAGUGAUGAUUUUGUUUUUCCUGGAUGUUUUGAAAUCUUGAUAAGAGUUACAGGCCUCCUGAUAGUUUGCUUUGAGUUCCUACGUUACCUGAGUGACCUUAGUCAAGGUCAGACGGGUCACCUGGUGCAUAUGUAUCUGAUGGGAGUGAUCAUGUUCUUCACCAGUACCAUAGUGUUAGACGUGUUCAUUGUGAGAAUCAGCAUGCGGGGGACAAUAGUGGACGAUAGACCAAGACGUAACAUCAAAGUCUUCCUGUACGUCAGGCUGUUUACUCUUGCUGCAGAGUUCUUGUGGACAAUUUUAGGCACUCUCUCCAUCCUGCUACACCUGCCAGAUGCGCUCUCACAACCUCGUGUGUACUGGAUAGCGUGUCUUGCUGUGGUUGGCGGUUGGGUAACAUGUUUUAUACAAGCCAUCUUCAUUCUCACCACAUUUGAGUUCACCUCUGCUGAACAUAAGCCGGUUAUCUCCAAACAUGACUGGGAAACAAGAUGGCAGAAUGUCCUGUGUUGUCUGAAUGCAGAUCAAAACAAGCAUGUUUUUACAACCCUGGCGCAGUUGUGCUCCCAUUUAUUUAAGAAAGAAAAGCUAGUGGGUAGUGAUAUAUUGACAGGCCUGAUAUUAGUCUACAACAAACAACAUGACACCAGACGACAGCUAGAUGUGGUAGAUGCUCCUUUACUCAACACUCGACUCAGGUGUGCUCCACACAAGGUAGCAGAAUCCCCCUCAGUUCCACGCAAGCAGUGGAUGACAGUAAGCGAGGCCGCACACUUCAUGAAAUACGCGCUAGGAGGCUAUGGCUGGUUUUAUUUCAUAGGACUAAACAACCCAGUCGUGGCAUCAUUAAAGCUCCUGCCCAUGCUUAAUUGGUUUCGUAAGCCACCAGACACGCAGAUAGAGGCUGACAGUAGAUUGUGUGCCAACACGGCAGCCUUUAUACUUCAGACUGGUACACAACAAGAGAAUAUUGUCUGUGCUUCCUUCCAUAAUGAGGUGUAUGCCAUUCCCUACUAUGUGAGCAUUGACAAGGACAGUCAGUCUGUGAUAGUUUCAAUCAGAGGAACUCUCUCCUUAGAGGAUGUGUUGACAGACCUGGUGGUAGAGAGGGCGCCGGUGUGUUUUGGUGGAGUGGAGGGAUAUGUCCAUACAGGGAUGUACCAGUCUGCCAAGUAUAUACGCAACAAGCUCAUUGCAGAUGCCACACUCGAUAUUGCGUUCCAUAGAGCCAAGGGCUACCGCCUGGUAAUCACAGGCCAUAGUUUGGGUGCAGGAGUUGCUGCCCUUCUCGCCAUGGAAAUGAGGCCCAUGUACCCAAAUAUAAUAUGCUUUGCCUUUGCUCCACCAGGGGAACUAGUCAGUGCAAGUUUGUUGCCAUACACAGAGGAGUUUGUGUGUUCGGUAUCUCUGGGCUAUGACGUGGUACCAAGGCUAGGACUUCUAGAACUCUCGAGACUGAGGUUGGACAUCCUAUAUGCCCUCAGAAAUUGCAAUCUUCCGAAGCACAAAGUGAUAGCGGGAGAGAGUAGAUGGCGCAGAUUGUUCGGCACAUUUAAGCCAAGUGACCCAGAGGCUAACCACUUGCAGAACACCGAGCUGGGCUCAUGGUUUGAUGAACUGAUACAUCAAGAAGAAGUGGAGAGAGACAGAAUCUCAUCUGUGUACACACCCUUGUUACCCCCCGGCCAGAUACUACACGUGCUGGAAAAAUAUGAUCCAAAUAGACGCUGGAAUGCAAGCCCAGACUAUUACGCAGAAUGGACAAACUGUGAUACAUUCGGGGAAAUCAUCCUCAGUAGACGAAUGAUCGCUCACCACUUCCCUGACACUCUGCUGGAAGCAUUGAGACAGCUAGCCAAACACUUGGACUUGGAAUCAAAAAAAGACUCUUGAUAGCAGUGAUAGAUAUUAGCUAAAUAUGAAAGUCACGAAUCUGAAUUAAAGCUGCACUCUGACAGAUUGACAGUUUUGACUUUUAUAUAAUUGUUUGUCUUUUUAUCAGCUGAGUCUGGCAUCAACUGCCUUCAAAUCAGUUAUAUAACUAAACCUAACUGACUAAAGAGCAUAUAUUUUCGAAGGUAAAUAUUUAAAAAACUGUGAUCUGCUUUUUUGUCAGCAGUCUUAUAUAACUAGUUAUCAGAUAUUAAGGCAAAAACUGGCUCAUUCCAAGACAAAAAAUCAAAAAAAUCUCAAAAUGAUCAAUCUGUGAGAGUGCAGCUUUUAGCAUGUGGUCUGGUAAAAAAAAAUCUCAGCUUUGCUAUAUGUUUAUAUAUUGUGACGGUGUUGAUUAUAAUCUUUCAGUUAUUUAAACAUUAUUAUAUGGUUUUCAGGCUUGUUCAAGAAAUGUUUUAUUUCAAAUUGAGACUGUGAUGAAGCAAUAGUCCUUUCCAGAGAUAACUGUUUUUAGUUGGAUUUUGCCACAAAUUGCUACAUUCCCAAAUAGUUUGACUAGCAAUGUCAUCAGUGUUAAAAUUUGGAACUAAUACCCGGUAACUAAGAGACUUGUAGACGAAAAUAUGCAGUGUAAAACAUGGUGAGAAGAAUUAAGGCCCAUUAUCUGAGAGAAUUGAGUGCUGCACUCUCACAGAUUGACAGUUUUGACAACUUUUGUAUAUAAUUGUCUUGGUAUGAGUCAUAUUUUGUGUUAAAGUGACAAAAUUAAUGAUAUAAGGCUGCUCACCAAAGAUCAGAUUGCAGCUUGCUAUAUUUACAUCCAAAAAUUACGUUUUAUUGCUAAAAGCGUUACGAACACUUUAAGAGAAUAUGAAAAAUUUAACAGAUUUCCUUACAAUUUAGAUCCGUUCUAUUUUGUGUUUUCUCACAUGACUGAAUUGAAGGCAUUGGUGCCAAAAUAAGCUGAUUCUGAGACUUUUUAAAAAAAAGAAGACAAAACUGUCAAUCCGUGAGACUGCAGCUUUAGCGAAGAUGUGUGUAUACGUCCAUUGUUUGCCAACAACAUUAUUAAGCCCCACACUAAAUCUCAUCUUAGGUGACAGGUCGAUGAAUUCACUAAGUGCCAAAUGAACAAAGUUGUAAACAGUAUGAUGAACAUCUUCAAAUGCAACCGUUUCAUUAAACGUAGGUAUGUUGUCUUAGAAGUGCGAAAGUUUGUCUCGAAACUUCCUGAAAAUUAAUACUAUAGUACUGUGCAAAUGCCAUUUGUGUAAUGUUAUGUUAUAAAGGCUUGUCAGCAUAUGAGAUAUAAGAAUGCUGAUAAGCCCUGCUUGCAGUAAAUGGGUAAAAUUAUUUAUGUGCAUUGUCGCAACUCAUUAUAAUUAUAAUGCUGUGAAAAACUGUACAGAGGUGCUUGCUGUAUUAAAUUAUAUUUUUUGCUAUUUCAUGACAAUCUUUUAUGACAUUAAACUGCUUUUAAACAUGACAAGCAAUUAUAAAUGUUCUGAGAAAAAAAUUGUUGACGUCUGUUUUACAAGUAAAUAUUUUAUUUCUGUUUAAUUCUAAAAUAGACAAUCCAAGAAUGAUAAAUAUUUUCCCUGAGAAAAAGUUGGACUUUCCAUGAAUGGAUAGGCUAUUAUUAUUAUUUUCCUUGAUAAAUUGUAAACAUUAUCUGACUGGGUAUCAGUUUAUAGACACAGUGUAUAAUGUUCUUAAAAUAAAGUUAAGAUGAAUGGUACUUUAAGAUCACAUUGUUUACUUACUAUUUUAAGAUGUUUAACUUGUAGUCUUACAAGGAAAAAAAUAGCCCCUCUUCCAAAUAAUGACCUGGGAUUGUGAUAGACAGUAUACAGGAAGUUUUUGUCGUGUUGACAUAAGUUUGUGACCUAGUGUUACUGUUGUCAUUAAAAACUAAUCCCACAACAAUUUUAUGAUAUAUUAAUGUCUCCGCGCAUAUCUGCAACAAAGGGACACUGUUUGAUUUUAAAGUUGCACUCUCACAGAUUGACAGCCUAGACUUUUAAUUAUUAUUUGUCUCAGAAUCAGGUUAUUUUGGUACCGAUGCCUUCAAUACAGUCAUAUAAGCUCACAAUAGAACAGAUUUCAAUCGUUUGGAAACUGCCGAAAGCAUUCAUAAGCCAUAAAACAUUCAUUUUUGAACGUAAAUUUGAAAAACUGCCACUUAUCUUUAGUCAGCAGUCUUCUAUCAUUGGUUUCAAGACAAUUUUACGUAUUUUUUGGCUCAUUCCAAGACACAAAAAAAAGUUUUCAUAAAGGUCUAUCUGAGAGAGUGCAGUUUUAAGUACUUGUCAGUCAUAUUUUGAAUAAAUCUUGUUUGGCAUAUACUGGUAUGCUUUUAGUGCCUGGUGCUAAAAAAGUGUAUUUUAACAUAUUCUAUUAAUGCUGUGACCCGGUGAUUAUAUUUGCAGAGAUGAUAAGAACAUUAUUAAUUCUAAAAUAACAAUGAAAAGCUUUCAAUAUCAGAUAGCGGUAUGUUUGUAACGUUUGUUUUUUGCUGUUAUAUUGCAUUGAAAUUGUAGGAAGUAACUUAAAAUUGAAACAGGGAUUAGAAAUUUGAAACUGGAAGUAUGAACUUCACAACCUGAGUAAUGUUGAAUGUUUUCUUCGAAAUGUGGAAGAUCAAGUCAUCUUAACUCUAAAAAUGUCUCAAUUUUCAUACUAUUCUGAUUUAAAAUAUCACUUUCUGCAUGUAAAAAAAACAUUUCAACAGAGGAAUGUUCAAAUGUACUGCUUCAACUUGAAAACUGAAAAGAUUUAAGAUUUUGAUAUUUUGAACUUAGAAGCCUUCACUUUGGGAAGUUUUAACUUAAAUGAUGGAUGUUUCUGAAAAUUAAAAGCCCAACUUUUAGGGAGUAAUAUCUUACUUACUUCUUGAACAGAAGCCCUGUGAAUAUACAUGCAUCUAUAUGGCUUUGAAACAAUUUUAUAAAUGAUAUUUAAAGCUGCACUCUCACAGAUUUACCGUUUUUACAACUUUUUUAUUUUUUGUUUUGGAAAGAGCAAAUUUUUGCGUAAACAUCUUCAAACCAAUAAUAUAAGAUUGCUGACAAAAAUCAGAUUGUAGUUUUCAUAUUUCUGUUCGAAAAUUAAUGUUUUAUGGCUUAAACCGUUACUUACAGUAUAAGAAAAAUGUCAGCAGUCUUCUAUAACUGGUUUCCAUGGAUUUUCGCAAAAAUUGGCUCGUUCCAAGACAAAAGAUAAAAAAAGUUGUCAAAACGUUCAAUCAGUGAGAGUGCAGCUUUAGGCCUCUUAAUUCUCUCUCAGCCCUGAAUCCCUCGUACUAAAAGUGAAUUUCCAAGAUUGGUAUUUUUGUUUGAUUGUCAUCCCAGCAGUUGUAGUUGAAAUGUAUAUUUUAGUAACAACUUAUGCAUAAGUUUUUAACAGAUUUAUAUGUAUAUAUGAAAUGCUAUUUAUUUUGUCAAUAAAUGCUAUUUAUUAUUUUCUCAUGUGUUGAGUGAAAUUCAUUGUUUAUUAGAUAAAUGCCAUUUAAGUAUUGUUAGAUUUUGUAUGUUGCAAAAAAAAUGUUUUAACUCAGUUCUUUCAUGAUUUCUUUAUUAUAUUUUACUAAACCUCAUCCUCAUUUUAAAACACUGAAAUUAGCAAAUUAUAGCAAAAUUACAAAAGCGUGUGCACUUGUUUUUGUCUUUUUGUUCUUAUUUCUAUAUUUGACUAAGACAGCUAGUGUACUUGCUAAAAUAGAAACACUGAAAUUCGCAAAUUAAAGCAAAUUCACACGCUUUCUUUAACAUAAGAGUACCUUUGUAGUUGAUUUAUCUUUAGAUUUCAUGCUCUCCCAGCCUGGGCUCCUCUGAGUUUGUUUAGCGGUCACCAAGCUGGACAAGUGGGUUUUCUACGGGUACUGACUUGUUUCACCCACAACAUAAGACCACACUCUCACGAAAAAUCGUGCCAAUGAAAGUGACUUCGUAUAAGUUAUCAUAACUUUCUACACAAUCGUUGUAAAAUAUAUUAUGUUUGGAGUAACAAUAUAUGGAUGAUAUAAACAGAAUGGGGCCAUCUUAUGAAAUAUCAAUAAAAAAAAUGGAUCUUAAAGAACAAGGAUUUCAGUUAAAACAGUGAAUGUCACAUUUUUACCAAAAGUCCCAAUACAUGAAUUGAUAUGAUGUUUAUAAUAUAUUUAGUUUUGAAACUUUCCUUAGUUAUUUUUAGAUUUCAGUCUGUUGCCUCACCGUGAAAUGUUGGCUUAUCAGCUAAAUGCUGAUUUCAUGCUUUAUUGCUGCCUUGAAUGCACUACAGUGCGUUUUAGUGAAAAGUCUCAAAACCUCAAUAUUUGGUUUCAUUUUUAUUUUUUUCCUUGUUUUUUUUUUUUUGUUGUUGUUUUUUGUCAUUUUUAGAUUUAUCUCAUUUUUCAAAGAAGUGUUUUAACAUCAGACAUAUCAUGUUGUUUGUUUAUUUCCUGGUUUUAUAUUUUUUUAUAUUAUUGAUUGACAUCUAAGGUAACAUUUUCAGUGCUGAAGUAAGCUGUCUUUAUUCCAUUAACUGACAUAAUAUCCUUGUCGCAGUUUUUAAAUGGAUUUGUUUUUUGUUUUUUAUAUAUUGAAUUAUUUUAUUAUAUUUGCAACAGAGCUAUUACGUAGCAUGUCUUUCACUUUGUAUUGUUUGAUAUUUUACUUAGCAAUAAAAUUUUAAGUUUUAG